GCCCGAGUUGAUUGCCUGCAAUUGCUAGAGCGUCAAAGUCAGUUGUUAUUCGAGGCUUGCAGCGCUUGGAAAAUAUUUCGGAUGAACAGCAAUGUAUGCGCUAAGUCUGUUUGCAUUGGUCCUGCUUCUUUACAAGUUUUUGGUCUGGAAUUUCGGGCAUUGGCGUAGGCGUGGCAUUAAGGAGCCGCGUGCCUGGCCUCUGCUCGGCUCCUUUCCAAAUAUUGUAUGGCCGCGGCAGCAUUUCACCAACGAUAUGCGCGAUCUUUACAUGCAGCAUCGUGAGACCGACAGCUAUGUGGGCACAUUCUUGCUGCGUGCGCCAAAGCUGCUGCUGCUUGAGCCUAAGCUGAUCAACGAGGUCUUUGUGAGCGCCUUCAGACACUUUGAGAACAACGAUGCCUCGCGCAUGAUUGACACCAGCAAGGAUCAGCUGGUGGCUUGCAACCCCUUUGUGCUGGAUGCUGAUGAGUGGCGUCUGCAGCGCGGCAUCUUCUCGCCACUGCUGACCAGCGGGCGUAUACGCAAUGCCUAUACCAACAUGCAACGCGUUUGUGGCAAGCUUUGUGCCUACAUAGAGCAGCAGUCUGGCAGCACAGAUGGCAUGGAUCUGGGACUGCGCUAUACCAGCGAGAAUCUGUUGGACUGUGUGCUGGGCAUAGAGGCACAAAGCUUCACCUUGGCGGCACUGCCUGUGGCCAAGCAUAAUCGUGAGAUGUCUGAGAACAAUCGUGCAUUGGCGCUGGCAGGCGCCUUGAAUGGACUUUUCCCGCAGCUGCCGCGCUGGCUGCGUCCGAAAGUCAUACCCAAGUCCUAUGAUCGCUUCUUUGGCGAGCUGGCGCACGAGGCUUUCAAGCUGCGUCGUGCCAGUCACCAGGAGCGUAAUGAUUUCAUCAAUCAUUUGCUUGAUAUGCAGCAGGAGCACAUGCUGAGCGAAGCGCAGCUAACCUCACAUGCGAUGACCUUUAUGUUUGACGGCCUGGACACAACGUCAUCGACCAUAGCUCAUUGUCUGUUGUUGCUUGGACGCUAUCCGUCGUGUCAGCAGCGACUUUGGGAAGAGCUGGCUGAAGCUACAACCUCGGAGCAGCUGUUGCCAGACUUUGAGGUGCUCUGUGAGCUGCCCUAUCUGAACGCCUGUGUGCAUGAAAGCCUACGCAUCUAUCCGGGCGGCGGCUGGGCAUCCAAGACCUGCACCGAGGCCUAUACGCUGCAUGGCAGUCAUCACAGCCAUCCGCUGCAGCUGUACCCGGGCGAUAAUGUGAUGAUACCCAUAUAUGGACUGCAUCAUGAUCCCAAUUAUUAUCCAGAGCCGCAUCUGUUCCAGCCCGAGCGCUUUUUGAACGGUGGCCUGAAGCGCUUUCAGUCGCUUGGCGUCUUCUUGGGCUUUGGCAAUGGUCCGCGUCAGUGCGUAGGCAUGCGUUUGGCUCUGGUGCAGACCAAGGCCGCACUGGCGGCCAUAGUGCGACAGUUUGAAGUGCGUGUGGAUGCGCGCACUCUCAAGGGCAUCGAACUGGAUCCGCUAAUAUUUGUGGGCGCUCACAAGGGCGGCAUCUGGCUAAACUUUGUUAAACGCACAGCUUUCAAAUAGAGUGGCGACUGCAUUGAGCAAAAGCAUAAGCAUAUUAUUGACUUAUUGACAGUGUUUGCUACAUUGGCAAAU